AUGGAUAGACUUUUUUUACAAGGAUUUUAUACAGAUGGAUCGCUCAGUCGAGACGAUGAUAUACCAAUCAUGGGUUUUGGUUGGAUUUUCACCUCUGAUUUAUCAAUGAAUAUUAAAUAUUCAGGCUCAUGUAAAGAAUGGGCCAGCUCAACGAAAGCCGAAUUGGUCGCUAUUAUUACAGCAUUAAUAGUCUGCCCACCCCAUAGUACUAUCAAUAUUUAUACCGAUUCGAACAAUUGCAUUAACACAUUUAAUGAUCUACACUCUCCAAAAUUAACUGCUAGACUUUCAUUAAUUAAAGUGAAAGCACAUUCAGACAAUCCUCUUAAUGAUGCUGCUGACAUUUUAGCAAAAGAAGGUAGAUCUUCGAUUAAUUUUAUACAAUUCAACAUACAACACAUUAAAACACAAACAUGCCACCUUACGUUUAAUAAUACUACAACUGUUGAUCAUUGGGAAUAUUCACAAUUAUGGUUUAAAUAUAAUUCAUUUUCUAAACCAACUAGCAAACAAUAUACCAAACAUAUAAGCUGGAGAGUUAAAUGCUCCAGUCAUAAUUUACCAACACUGGACAUCCUCAAUCGUAAUUAUCCUGAAUUACUUCAAAAUUAUGAAACUUGCAUCUUAUGCUCAACAUAUAUAUAA